AUGAGUUUUCUUGUGAAGGAAUUUCUUCUGAAGGAGAUAGAGGACUUAAGGAUGAAAAGACGAAGCGUAUUCAUGGAAAACUUAACUGAAAAAAUUCCGCCUGUAAAAGUUUCAAGAAAGUCCUUCAAUGAAAAUGUUUCGAUUAUUAAACAAAGAGAUUCUUCCACAACAAAUACAAAAGUAAAUGAAGGGUCAAUCCAUAAUCUGAACGGUGAAGAAAUGGAAAGUGAUUUAGAAGAAAAAUUAAAAGCAACCAUAGACCUUUACAACAAAAAGAAGUUUAAAAAGGAAGAUGUUUGGACGAAUGAUACAAUAGAUUUAUUCCACAAAUUGACAAAACAUAAUUCAAUUUCUUUUAACUUCGCUGGGCAAUGCUUAGAAGUUGCAACUCAACUUUACAUAUUUAAACUUGACUCUUUAUAUCAAAGCAUCUGUCAUUUAAAUGUAUUGAUCAAUAAAACAGAUUUAAGUCGUAAUGAAGACAAUCGUGGAAAAAGAUUCAAUAACAAAUCAAAAACGAAAAAGUCGAAAGUUGUUCAAUUUCCCGAAACGUUGAAUGCAAAAUUACAAAUGCAAGAACUGUCCGAACCAUUCUUUGCUAAAUUAAAUACAUUUAUUGGAGAAAAUGUAAAAGCCAAUCAAAUGCUUCUUAAUUUUCUUCCUCAUAAAUAUCGAAAAUUAGGAUCAUUAACUGAUGCCCCCUUUUGGGAUUGUGCUGAUGAAAAGAACGCAAAUACAAAGCGUCAAAAUGUGAUUAAAGUAAAGCAGAUUCCUUCAAUCGUUUCAAGCGUCAUUCGAUUCACUAAUUCUCAUUAUCGAAUCACCAAUCAACCCAUUAAAAUUGAUUAUUUUCAACAAGUCGUCGAUCUUUGCUCAUCCAGUGAGGAAGAAGUCAACAAUAGCAGUGAAGACCAUCAUGAAGGAGACAAUCAUAAUGAUAAAACAAAUGAAUCCAUAGCAGAUUACACUGAACAUGACUCCGCAUACAUUACACAAUUUAACUCAACCAAUGAUCAAACUAUGGAUGUCGAUGAUUCUUUUGAGGAAAUGUCCAUUGCCACAAAUGAUCACACUGACAGUUAUGCAAUGCCUUGUAAUCAAAGCAAUUCAGUAAUAAUCGAGGAAAUUUCAGGCAAUCAGAAAGAAAGUGUUAAUGAAAAUCAAUUUCAUGGUCUUCGUAAACGAAAAUAUCGUAAACAAGCCUCGGUUGACGUUCUUAUGGAAGAUUUCGAAAAGUUUCAAAGCUCUGACUAUCUGGUUGAUCAUGCGACUUUUUCUAAAAAAUACAUUUGUCGAAAUUCAAAACACCUACGACUUUCACAUAAUUAUCAGUUGAAAAAUGAUAUCUUUGAUAAUUUCACUCAUGCAAAUAUUCAACUAAACUACCCGAAAUAUGAUCUUAUGGAAUCAGCAAUACAUUCUAAUGAUGGAAAUUCUCAGAUUAAUGAUGUGGACAUCCCAUCUGAGAAUUUAUUAACUAAUUCAAGUUUUUUUGAAUCUCCUUUUAUAUGUGAAAUGCCUUCGACACGACAAAAUAAUUUUAAAAUGAAAGAAUUGAAAAGAUCAAUCAUAACUUUAAUAGAAGAAGAGACAAUUAAUAAAAAUGAUGUGAAAUUUAGUGUAAUCAACAAAAAAGUAGGCAAAAUGUUUGAGUCCAAGUAUUCAUGUGCUUUAACAUUUUUUAGUAUUCUACAAAUAGCUUCCGAAACAAAAGUGGAAUUAAAAGAACUCGAAGAUUUAAAAGAUCUCGACAUAAACUUAAUAAAUAAUUGUCCUCAUCUUCAAACUAUUGUUCAGAUCAAUCCAGUAGAAUUAAGCAUCCAAAAGAAGGGAAAAUUGUGCUCAAAUUGCCCUGAAGCAGGACCGAACCUUUGGAUUUGCUUACGAUGCAUGUACAUCGGAUGUUCUGAUAAACACAAUGAUCAUAGUACUUUACAUUUUGAGACCACACGUCAUUCCGUUCAAAUGAACCUGUCAUCACAACGUGUAUGGUGUUAUUUGUGCGAGUGUGAAGUAUUUAUUCACAAUCAAACCAAUCGUUUCCAUCAAAGAACCAAUUCCAUCGAUUCAACUGAAGGUCGUCGAAUUUUCCAAUAUCAUCAAGACUUCACUGAUCGUGGAGUCACAGGCGAAGCAACAGGAUCGUUCAGCAGUAGUGAUUAUGACGAUGAAGACUGUGAACAAACUCAAUUGAAUGGAUUGGUUGGAUUGAAAAAUAUUGCCAAUACUUGUUACAUGAAUUCAGCACUUCAAGCUCUCAGCAACUCUCGCCCUUUAACAGGAUUCUUUCUUGAAUGUGGUUCGCUGGUGCAACAUAGCGUUCCACGUACAAAAAUCGGUUUGGCAAAGAGUUAUCAUCGAUUAAUAAAAGAUAUGUGGCUUCAUAAGAGACGAGGGUACAUCGUCCCCGUUGAAAUAAUUCGUGGCAUCAGCACGAUCCAUCCAAUGUUCCGAGGAUAUCAGCAACAUGACACACAAGAAUUUUUAAGAUGCUUUAUGGAUCAGUUACAUGAAGAAUUGAAAGAAGUCACACCACCUCCGCCAGAGUUUACUGAUCAAAAGUCUCCUGUUGAUGAAUUAAAUCAAGAAAAAGAAGACUCGCUUUGUCCAUCGCCAUCGUCACAAUCAGAAGCUGAAUAUGAAACUUGUGACAGUGGCGUGUCUGAACAAUCAAGUUUAUCUGACGAAGUAACAAACACCAAACGAACUCGUAAAUUUUCUCGCUCUCCAAGUCCACCAGCACAUCAAAGACUUAACAAUAAUGCGACUAAUUCGUCUUCCUCAAUACCGACAAUAGGGAGUAGCAUUUUAAGUAAUCGUACUGGUUCCAACACAAGUUUAACAUCACAGCCAUCGUCUGGAAAUCAACAACAAAUAAAAGAAAACAUAAACAACAAUCAACAGCAACAACAACAAGCGUCAAAGGUUAUUCAUCGGUCAAUUAUAAGUGAUGUGUUUGAUGGAAAAUUAUUGUCAUCUGUUCAAUGUUUAACAUGUGAUCGCGUUUCAACACGUGAAGAAACAUUUCAAGACUUGUCACUACCCAUUCCUGGUCGAGAUCAUUUAGCUGUACUUCAUUUAUCACAAAAUCCGCCACCAUUAAAUAAUAUUAAUUCAAGUUUGACAAUGAACGGUGUAACAUCGUGUACUGAUGUAGUUUAUCAAGUUCAAGACAGUUGGAUUUGGUGGCUAUGGAGUUGGUUUCGUUCAUUCUUCUGGGGGCCAGCAGUUAAUCUUCAUGACUGCAUGGGCGCAUUCUUCAGUGCUGAUGAGUUGAAAGGUGACAACAUGUAUAGUUGUGAAAAGUGCAAUAAACUACGAAAUGGAAUCAAAUUUUCACGUGUGUUGGCUUUACCGGAAAUGUUAUGUGUUCAUUUAAAACGAUUCCGUCAUGAUUUAUCGUACAGUUCAAAGAUUUCAAGUCCUGUUAUUUUCCCUUUAACUGGCUUAGAUAUGCGUCAAUAUCUUCAUAAAGAUUGCAAAUCGCAAGUCUCAACAUAUGAUCUUAGUGCAGUGAUUUGUCAUCAUGGAACUGUUGGAAGUGGUCAUUACAUUUGUUAUGCAAAGCAUGCGCCAACGGACAAAUGGUUUGAGUUUGAUGAUCAAACAGUUUCACAAGUGUCAGCUGAAACUGUUCAGAAUUGUGAAGCUUACGUGCUUUUCUAUCAAAAAAGUAAUCCACAGAUGUCACAUAUUCGGGCACAAGCUCAAGAGAUUAUCAAUUCACAUCCACAAGCUUAUCUUUCAUCACCAACAGAUAUCAAAUUUUUUGUGUCGAAGCAAUGGAUCAAUCGAUUUCAUACGUUUGCAGAGCCAGGACCGAUUGACAAUUCAUCAAUUCUAUGUCAGCAUGGAAGUUUAUUGCCGAAUAAAUCUGGAAAUGUUCGUGAUUUGCUUGUUCCAAUUAAUCAAACACUUUGGGACUUUAUGUAUGAGAAAUUUGGUGGUGGGCCUGUGUGUAAUCACCCCAUAGAAUGUGACACGUGCAAGACACGAGCAGAAGAUCUCGAACGACGUCAAAAGAAUGAAAUGAGAAUUUUCUCUGAAUUACGAGACGAGUUCCAAUAUCCAGACAGCUCAUCAAUGUUGUUUGCAAUUUCAAUGAAUUGGUUUAGAAAGUGGCAAGCAUUUGCCCAUUGUGAAACAAAUGAAGAGCCAGGGCCAAUAACUAACAUUACCAUUGCACAACAAUCCGAUACAUUACCAAUUAGAAAUACACCAUUUAAUAUGAACAUGGAACAAACUGUCAUUGCUGCUAAAGAUAUUGAGAAUGAUCGUCCAAUUGAAAAAGAAAAGACAUCAAUUUUAAAGCCAACAAAGACUGUUUCAUUUGAAGACACCAGCGAUAUUCAUAACGACGAAAGUGAAGCAGAUGAACACAAUGACGAUGUCGCUAAAGAAGUAACAAAAACAAAUCAGAAAGAACGACAAGUUGAGACGAUCAAUGGAAGUGCAAGUGGAAGAAAGACGACAAGAAAGUUUGUUAUCAAACCAAUUGAAAUUAAUUUACGAGACAAGCGACAUCAUCGCUCAUCGGAGCAAAGCAAUUUGUUUGGAGCUCAAGGAACGAUUCGUCACAUUCCAGAUGAAGAGAUUUGCAAUGGAUCAUCAACAACACAACAAGUAAAAGCCAAUCAAAAUCAGAAGCCCAAAAGAAAUGGCAAUGAUUCAGAUAGCGAUGAAGAAAAUCAAAGUUUAACAACUGAAAUUCGUGUAAAUGGACACGACAUGAUGCCGUGGAUGAUGCCCUACUUACGUUAUGUUGAUGAUUCAUUAAAAUCAUCUUUCCAAGAGUCACUUAGUUUAAUGCGAAAAAAUCGUUUGUUUUGUGAUGUUAUUUUACAUGUUGAAAAUACAGAAAUUCAUGCUCAUCGUAAUGUGUUGGCUUGCGUUUCUCCUUAUUUAAUGGAGCUUUUCAGUGCUGAACAGAACACAUGCAAUGAUGGAAACAUUCCCAGCUUUCGACUAAAUGGCUACAUUACAAAAGAAGGUCUCAACAUUCUCGUCGAUUAUGCAUACACAGCAAAAUUGGAAGUUCCAGACGACAUGAUCAAGCCCGUUUAUCUUGCUGCAUGGCAACUACGAAUGGAGCGUGUCGUUAAUGAAUGUGCAGCUCAUCUUGUCUCGGACUUAUCAAAUGACACAUGCAUUGAAACACGAUCACUUCCUGGUAUUAAUCGUAAUAAAACUUUUGUUUCAAAAGUCGAUAAGUUCAUCGCCGAUCAUUUCCCAGAGCUUUCACAAACCACCAGCUUCCUUCAGCUACCAUCCAUCCAGAUUGAAGUCCUCCAUCAGACGAAGCAAGAGAUGGCAAUGGUUGCUGAGGAUUCGCUGAGUCGAUUAGUUCUGGACUGGAUACGAAGGGAGAUGAACGAACAUUUUGGAUCGAUCGCUUCAUUAUCUGAGCGUUCGCACAUGUUGUUCCUCGGUUUAGACAAUUCAUUGCAAGAUGCCGCCGAUUUGGUGGGUGACAAAGCGAAUUCAGACAUGGUGAAAGACUACAAGAAGCUUGCAUCGAAGAAUCCAAGUGGAAAUCCCAAAUCAAGACGCAAACAUAUUCCAAAUCUUCCCGAACGUCCACGCAUUCUCAUCUAUUCACGUGACAUCACUGAUCGAAGUAAAGAUGAAGAAAAUCGUGCUGAUGCUGAUUGGAAUUUAAUUGGAACAACGAAAGUUUUCGAUCAUAUGUUCAUAUCAUUGGUGACAUUAAAUGGCGCUUUAUGUCGUGUGUCAAUUCAAUUGCGACUUAAUGAGUUCGUUCCAUCAUCAGAAACAUCUUCAGGGAUGACGACACCAUCGCCAGUCGCAUUAUCAGUUGAGAGUGACGGAAAGCAGCAACAAUCACAUCAACAACAACCACCUUUUGAUCUUUUAUCAAUUGAUCAACAAAUCACUCAACUUCUUCAACCGGAAUUAUUCUGUGAAGUCGCCACCAUGUCUGAGAGUAAAUGUGGAUUGGGAGUCGCAGAGCUUGAAGGAAAAUUGAUUGUUGUUGGUGGCUAUGGACGUGCUGAAUGUUUGAGAUCAGUUGAAUCUUACGAUCCGGCAAUUAACGAAUGGACACAACAAUUGUCAUUGAGUGAAGCUCGCGGACGAGUUCAAAUUGCUGUCAUUAAUGGAACAAUUUAUGCUGUUGGUGGUUGUAAUGGAACAACUGAACUUGACACUGUUGAAUGUCUUGCAUUGGGUGAACGAGUUGGAAGUGGCGAUGAGAAGCCGAAGAAAUGGAGGAAGUGCUCAAAGUUGCCAUUCUCACGAUCCAAUGCUGGUGUUUGUGCACUUAAUGGAAAGAUUUAUUGCAUUGGUGGAUGGAAUGGCCAGUCAGGAAUAAAACAAUGCGACGUUUAUUGUCCUGAAACUGACCAAUGGACAUCAAUUGCGCCAUUAAAUACUGGACGUUGCCAGGCAGGCGUUUUUGCGUUUAACAAGAAGAUUUGGGUUGUUGGUGGCUCAGAUGCUUGGAAUUGUCUUGGAACGGUUGAAACAUACGAUCCUGAGACUAAUCAGUGGACAUUCUCUGCUCCACUUUUGACACCUCGCCGUGGUUGUGGUCUGGCUGAACUCAAAGGACGUUUGUAUUGCGUUGGUGGGUCUGAUGGCAAUCAGUCGUUAAAAUCAUCCGAAUAUUUCGAUGAAGCAACUCAAUCUUGGAUUUUGGGACCAUCACUUACCACAGCACGAUCUAUUGUCUCUGUUGUGGUCGUUCAAAAUCGACUUUACGCCAUUGGCGGAUUUUCUGGAAAGAAAUUCUUAAACACCAUCGAAUAUUACGAUGAAGAUGCAAACGAAUGGACGAAAUUUGCAAAGCUUCAGCAAACGAAUUCGUCAAUUGACUCGAAUGGAAGUGUUGAUGAUAAUUUAUCUGCUGUUGAUUCAAAUGGCGACAUGAUGAGAGAUCUUGAACUUGAUGAUGAUAUAAAUACGAAUCAUCGUCGUGAAGAUAAAAUAAGUGAAGAUGAAUCAAAUACAAUCAUCAUGCCGAAGUCAAUAUGUUGAAGUUUCAACACAAAACCAGCUAAAAAUCGUCGUCAUGUCACGAUUUAAUUAAUUAUUCUAUUAAUUUUUGAUCAUAAAAAGAAGGAAUUUUUUUUCUCGAGUUCAUUAACUCGAUUUUGUAACGUUUAAGGAUUUUUAUUAUUAUUUUAUAUAUACACAAAAAAAGUAACCUGUGUGUGGGAGGAAACUUAGACAAUUUGUCCAUUUGCUAACUAAUUAACUUUAAUCAUUAAAUCUUGAAAUACAUAAAUGUUAGAAGAUUUUAAAUGAAAGGAGAGUAAAUUGUCAUUUUUGUGAUUGUUUACUCUAAUCAAGAGUGAAAGUUCUUUUUUAUUGAUAAUUAUCGAGUGAAGUAAGUAAAGACACUCACUGACCAUACACACACACAGGAAGUUAAGAGAUUUUUCAUAAUUAAACUUACCGUGGAUUUUCCUUGCAUAUUGAAGCUGUUAAGAUGUAAAAUGCAAGACAAGGUAACAAUUAUUAGCACACUUUUCCAAGUCCGUAGAUUUUUAAGCAAGAAAUGAUGUUAUUUAUUAAUUGUGAGUGUAUGAAAUCAUGACAAUUGUCACGUUUGAUGUUUCUCGCAACAAAUUUUCAUUUUCUUUGCUCUUAAAUUUUCCCCUUUUUGGCAACAAACGAUUAUUGAUUGCUUCUUAAUGUAAUCAAGUAAAGAAAAUUCUAUUUAAAUGUUAAGCUUUAACAAGUGAUGUAUGAGAGAUAUUUUAAUUAAGAUCAUGAUGAUGAUUAAGAGACACAUUUUCAAUUUGUUGCUGCUUGAACCUUUCCAUAUUUCAAUCCAAGAAUUGAACUUGAAGCAUUUUAACGAAGUUGCAGUUGAAGUAAUUUUUCAUUUUUAAAUAAGUUUAUCAAACUUAAUUGACAGAAAGUUUCAAUCUGAUCAUCAUCUGCAAAAUUUAAACGAAAUAUUUCCAUAUUGUUUAAAAAAGUAACAAAAAUUUUAUUAUAACAAAAAAAAAGGAAAAAACAUUUUAAUUAAUUAAAAUUAAGGAGAUCAUUAAAGACAUUAAUUGUAAUAAAGAUUGGUGACAUGAACCGAGUAAAACACGAAUUUGAGUCCAUCAUCAAAACAAAAAGAAAAAAAGAAAUAAACACAGGAAAUAUCUGAGAAAAACUCAACAAA